AUGUCCCAUGAUACCAACUCGGCAGAUGACACCUUGUACGGAGUGUUGAAUUCGCGGAACAUCGGUCGUGUCGACUUUGGUAAUCACGAAUUCGAUACCUGGUAUGGAAAUGCUGCUUACUUCAAUCCGCUAGACGUCAACCACUCUGACUUGGGCUACUCGUUUCUGAACAAGUUGGUCCAUGAUCCCGGCUUCAAAAUAAAGAAAAAGGCGGAUGGACACAUUCCAAGUGAUGGGUACUGGUUGGACAAGCUUUAUGUGUGUGAUUACUGCUUCAAGUAUACGGCAAACGAGACGGAGAUCCACAACCACCGGGUAGUUUGCCCUUUGAACAAACCAAAGCCCACGAUUGGAAAGCUCGUGUACCGAGAUGACGUUACUCCCUACUAUAUACGACAGAUCCGUGGCUUCAAAUACCCCUUAUACUGCCAGAACAUGUGCUUAUUUGGAAAGCUUUUCUUGGAUGAUAAAUCGGUGUACUACAAUAUUGACUACUUUGACUUUUAUGUGGUUUACGGACAGGACGGGGGAAGCAAUUUCAAACCAAUGGGAUUUUUCUCCAAGGAAGUGCUAUCAUAUGACAAUAAUAAUAACCUAGCAUGUAUCUGCAUUUUCCCACCCUUUCAAAGGCGCCAUUUGGGGUCUCUAUUGAUAGAGUUCCUGUAUGCCUUAGCCAAAGUGACUCCUGGCCAACUCAAAAGUGGUCCAGAAUUUCCCCUUUCACCCUACGGCAAAGUGAGUUAUCUCAAGUUUUGGUCGAAGCACCUAGCCAAUAUCAUUCACAAUCACCUAAUCAAUAAAAAAAGGUUUACAAUCUCUGAAUUGUCAGAUUUGACUGGUUAUAGAAAUGAGGAUGUAUUGUUUACCUUGGAGUUCAUGAAGUUACUCAAGCAGGAAAAGAAUGGAAGAGUUACUUUAAUGUUGGGCAACUUUGAUCGAUGGUGUGCCGAGAAUAAGUUUGAUCCUUCUCAAGAAAGAAACAUGUUGAAUCCGGAAUACUUGCUAGUAUAA